AUAUCUAAAUAUAGAUUUUUUAUUUACUUAUUUUCGCGUCCAUCGUGAAAGAGAAGAUGGAUUAUUUAGAAAGCAUUAUCAAGUUAGGAAUUUCUCCAGUUGAGAGUUUACAAGUUCUCACGUGCAUGCUCGCAGGGAUAAAUGCCGGAUGUAGUCUUUACGUAGCGGUGGUGGAAGCUCCAAGCCGAGUCAACCUGCCUUUGCAUUCACACUGGGAACAAUGGGUCACAAGCUUCAAGAAGGGGGCGAAACUUAUACCCGCUCUAUUACUGAGUAUGGUCGCGACUUCCGGAGCUGUCUAUUAUCUCAGUCCGCCCUCGCCGGUCCGGAACUUGUGGUUAGUCCCAGUUGGCGCAUGCGCCUUCUCGUUCCUCUACACAGUUAUUGUCAUGGGCCCGGAGAUAAAAGUGUUAUUAGAGAAUGACGUCAUCUCAAAGAAAGGCAAUGACUGGGUCAAACAGGCGACUUCCCGAUGGAUCAGACGUCACUACAUCCGAGUCGUGAUUAUCUUGAUCACGUUCGUGGUGACCCUCUACGCAGCCGUAAAGUCCUAAGAUUUUAUCAACAGGAAGUCUGAAUUUUCCAUGACGAAAUUUAAAAAGUAAAAAGCUAAAAUUUGUGCCUUCAUGUGUAAACUGAGUUUAUUAAUUUUAUAUAAUUUAUGCGUGUGAUUUACAUGUAAUGCAUAUCAUACAUAUAAUAUGUACUUUGCUGCUAUUAUUUUCUGAUAACUUCUCGUUAUUAUUCGUAUAAAUUACAUGUAUAACAUAAUACAUUUGAUUGCAUAAUAUCAAAUAUAUUUACGUAUUACAUUAUAAUUUUUAGGAGCUUUUAUUUUCGCCCCCUUUUAUUUUCGCCCUACUCACAGGAGGGCGAAAAUAAAACGGGGCGAAUGUAAGAAACACAGUAUGAUUUCUUAAAAAGAAUCGAAAUUGGGCGAAUAUAAAACGGGGCAAAAUAUUUUCUAAGUGUGAAAGGGCGAAAAUAACACGGGGCGAAAAUAACCCUGUAUACAGCAUGCAUGUUGUAUGAUUUAUAUCAAUUUUAAAAUUUGAGAAGAUGAGUGAGUUUUGCCGCGUGUAUACUUGUACAUAAUAAUUUAAAAAAUCAAUAAAAUUAAUGUUUUUCCCUCAUA